GUAAAAGAAAUUUAUUAGAAAAUUAUGUAGACUACGGAAAAAAGGUUUAUAAGAGAUCUUUAACAUGGUGCAAAUAAAUCCGGCCAGACGUGGAUCUUCGUAGGAUGGCUAAGGUGAUGCAGAUUAAGCGUGGAUCCUCAUAAGUCAGGUAGUAUUGUCGGUUGUCGAAUCGUAUAUGUCAUCUUUCUUAUAAUUGUAAUCUAUCUAUCUAUCUAUAAUAAUAAAGUUAUAUUUUCUCCCUCCUUAUGAAGCCACGUCAUCAAGGACGUAUGAGCAUUUUGUGACACCUGUCAGCUUCUCUUAAACUAUCUAAAAUUGUUCUUCACGGGUUUGCUUUGUUGUUUUACCUAUUAUUGGGUUUCGAAGUUUAAUUUACAGCUAUUGGUUUGGAUGGGCUUUGGUCAUUAAUUUGUUGGGAUAGUUUUAUUGAUUGGCCCAUUUUCACUAACCUUAUUAUAGAGUUUACCCCUUAGAGCAUGAUUAUCGGGAUUCCCUAGCUGGGGUUUCUAGGGUAAUUGAAAUUAAAAAUAAAUCAAAAUUAGCUAUUAUUGGAAUAAACGUUCCUUAAUUAAGGACAAUAAAAAACGUCUCUUGAGACACGUGUCACAUGUUAAAGGUUUUCCAUUCUUUCCCUUUCUCUGCCUCUCGCCGGCGUCAAUGCUUCGAUUAUCUUCUUCCUCUUGACUUCCGUCUUCUCUUUUGGCUGCAAGAGAAAGAAAAACAAAAAGGGUCAACAAGGAUUUCUGAAGUCUCCAGAAACAUCUAUCCCCUUUAUUCUCAUGGACCCAGUUUUCACAACGCCUCCGUCAAAACGGUGGUUAGAGAAUGGGUUGACAGUGGACCCUUUUAUGGUCGAGGCUUUGCAGAACCCUUGCCAUCGUCUAACGAAUUAGGAAGAUUUCCGGCUGUGAAGACAGCAGUACCCGUAGACGGAAGAUUUGAACACAUUGUACUUUCUUGUAACGAACAUCAGACCACACCAUCAUUUGGAUCGAACGAGAAGCUCAGCGAGCUCUCAACCUAAUGUUGGAGAAAGAGAAGAGAAUGGAGAUACCAGAGAAGCAGAGGAUGGAGAGACGAGAAUCAGUAGCAAGAGUCCCAGCAAUAAUGUACACAUUUGCUAUUGUCUCUUAACAAUGUCUCUUACUCUAAAAAUAAUAAUAAAAAAGGCUAAGAACUCAAAAUUUUGUCCCAGCAAUAAUGAUGCUCUUAAAAGCUA